AGCAGGCUGAAGUUGGGGCUUGGGAUAUUUGAAUGCCUCCCAAAAUACGUUCCUAUCCCUAAGAGGCAGAGAGAGGAGCGGAGAGCAUGUGUGAGCGCUUACAACGCUAGGAGCUCUCUUCUGGGAUAAUCAAGAGUUGGGAUGAGCCGGAUCCUCUUUUAGCAGCAGUCGGCUCAGGAGUGGCUGCGGCAGCCCCAGGGGCGCGCGGGACCCAGUGGCUCUCGGGGCAGUGGAACAGCCCCUGCGGGCUGCGCCGUGUCACCGCUUGGGCGUACAAAGGUAAAGGCUGCCGCAGCCCUAGAGGGCUUGCAUCGUCCGGGCGUUCCCAUCCCUUCCCUUCUUCCUCUCUCGAAGGCAAAAGGCUGGCCGGGUAGCGAGGUCCUAGCUCUGCGGGUCCCCACCCUUCCUGCUGACAGGCUGGCUGUCCUUGGAUGAGGUCGCCGAGGCUGCUCCCUGGUGAAUCCUCAGGCGGGUCUCAGCCACCAUCUCUCUCCUCUGCUCCAUCCCUCUGAGAGGAGUAGAUGCUGCUGUCGCCCCUACCGCCGCCACCACCUCCGCCAGGGCUGAUGGAUGCUGGGGAGUGCCGCAUUGCUUAGUGUCUCUGCCUCGCGGUUUGCUGGAAAGGAAGCAGACAGCAGUGAGGAGAAGCGGAUGCGGGAGUGUGGUGUGGAGGUGACAAGUACCAGGUAUAUUGUUGGACACACAAAGAGAGGAUCAGAGUAGACAGCUUGGCUACAAGGGGACAAUGACUCAUUUGCAAGCUGGUCUCUCUCCUGAGACUUUGGAGAAAGCUCGCCUGGAACUCAAUGAGAACCCAGACACUCUGCACCAGGACAUCCAAGAAGUAAGGGACAUGGUCAUCACUAGGCCGGACAUUGGCUUUCUGCGCACAGAUGACGCUUUCAUCUUACGCUUCUUACGGGCCAGGAAAUUUCAUCACUUCGAAGCUUUUCGACUCUUGGCCCAAUACUUUGAGUACCGGCAGCAGAACCUGGAUAUGUUCAAAAGCUUCAAGGCCACUGACCCUGGCAUCAAGCAGGCACUGAAGGAUGGCUUUCCUGGGGGCCUGGCCAAUCUGGACCAUUAUGGGAGGAAGAUUUUAGUCCUUUUUGCUGCCAACUGGGAUCAGAGCAGGUACACACUGGUGGAUAUUUUGCGUGCCAUCUUACUUUCCUUAGAAGCCAUGAUUGAAGAUCCAGAGCUUCAAGUAAAUGGAUUUGUUUUGAUCAUAGACUGGAGUAACUUCACCUUCAAGCAAGCUUCUAAGCUUACACCAAACAUGCUGCGACUCGCAAUUGAAGGUCUUCAGGACAGCUUCCCCGCAAGGUUUGGAGGAAUUCACUUUGUCAAUCAACCUUGGUAUAUUCAUGCCCUGUACACUGUGAUACGCCCAUUCCUCAAAGAGAAGACUCGGAAAAGGGUACUUUGUUUUUUUGUUUUAAAAUCUGAUCUCUGUCUUCACCCCCAUUCAAUGAUUUCUGAUACAUAGCUGCUGAUUU